CAACAACUGCUCACGUAAUAAACAAAACAGUGCGUAACCAUUCAUAGCGUUUGGUUUUUCUACGUGUUACAUAAAAUAUUUAUGCACAGUGCAGUUUGAACUGUGAACUGUACGUAUUUGUAAUUUCCGUGCUAAACUGAUCCAUCAUAUCCAAAUUCUCUUGCGAGAAUACAUACACAUUUAUUAUUAUUUAACUAGAUCUAAAAUUCAUUCCAAUUAAAAAAUGUCCACCUUAGAAAGUGGGAGUGGAUGGGAUUACGCCGGCUACGGGGAAUUUAAAUGUCCUCGGUGUCACCGUUUCUGGGCCAGCAACAAAGCAUGGGCCUUAUUUGGCCAAAAGUGUGCAAAAUGUGCAAAUAACGUCCCUGCACCGAGUCGUAUUGAGACUCUGUAUUAUUACGAAUGUCGGGACUGUAAUCGGAUUUGGAAGCAUCGCUUUGACCAGGAUGGUCAACCUUGUCCCAAGUGCAAAAUUAAGGUCAAGGCUAACACUUACGCUGAUUAUAGAAAAUACAUACUGCCACGACUCCCAGACUUCCCCAUAUUCGCAGAUAUGGCCGAAGAUAAUGAUGAUAACGAGUAUCGCCCACAUCGCAGAGAUCUUUGCGAAAUUUGCAAGUAUUUGGGAAAAGAUUGCUCAUCUUGGAAUAUGUCCUCAAUCGAUGAAUACCAAGAUCGUGGAAACAGUAGAAAAUUUACUGAAAAUAAAAGGACUCCAUCCACAUUACUCGGUGAGUCACAUUUUAGACCAAGUACAUCGACAUCGACUCGGGAAUUGUGUCCAGUUCCGGAAGAAAAUCAAUGGUCAAAAUAUGUUAGAGGCGGACCCAAGAAAAACAAACGACGAGUCCUGGACGAUUUAUCUUGGCCAACUUUACUUGAAAGUGCGCCCCCACUAGGAUAUCUACCUGAUGCGGGGGAUGAACAAUUAGUUCCAAAAGAGCAAUUAACGGAAAAGCAGCAAUUCAUGGAAAUUCAGCAAUUAAUUGAAAACGAGGAGUUAAUCGAAAGCCUGCAAAAAUUGGAUAAGGAACACAUCCCCUCAGAAGCACUGCUCUCCCCAGUCACUCCUCCCACCGAAGUGGCUGCUACUCAAAAAAUAAGACACAAAAGAAGAUUGAGAGGACCACGAAAAUCCGCUAAAAAACGUUCCAAUUCAGAAAGCAUGGAGCAAGAUUCUACUGUGAAUUUGGUCGUGCAGCCGGAAAUAUCCGGGGCAAAAACUCCCCAUAAUAUUGAGAUUGAGCCAAGACCUCAAGAACAAAUUAACACUAUUUCACGACCGCGUUUAAUUUAUUAUUUCAUGCUCUACAUUUGCAUCUGCUGCAAUGCUGUUCUUAGUGUGGACAACGUAAUUAAGCGUUAUAAUCACUUCGCACUGUUCAUGCCCUUAUUUUGGCUAAUUAUUGCCUACGAGUUUUGCCAGAAGUAUGGCAAACACUUGGAACCUUCAGGUGCCCAAGAAAGGAGGAAUCGGGCGAAGAACUAUGUUAUAUCUUUGUAUAAUCGAUAUGUUUUUUAAGUAAAAUAUUUGAGGAUUGAACAAUGUAUUUAUAAUUAUUUAUGUAAAUACUAAGAGUGAUAAAUCUGUAAACUAAAUUACCCAUAUUUACAUAAAAUUGCUAACAAUUUUGACACAACAUUUUAUGUUUAUUACGGAUGUCAGCAUGUGUAUUCUAAAUAAUUCCAAAUAUGCAUGUAUUCCCAGAUUUAUUUGACAUUUGUAAAUACAGUGGUAAACUUUUCAACUAAUAAGAAAAAUGUUUAAAAAUCUGUGCAAAUAUUAAAUAAUUGCGCAAUUUA